CCGCUCCGCGCCAUGAGCCGGGCCGGGCCCCCCCCGGCGGAGCCGAAACCCCGCGGGCUCCGGCCCCACGUCUGCUGCGCGCCCCCUCCCCGCGCCCCCGCGGCCCUCGGCAGCAGCCCUCGCGCUGCCGCCCCCUCUGCAGCCCCCGACGGCGGCUGCCUCAGCGCCGACGAGUCCUCGGGCUACGAGAGCGAGAGCGCGGAGCCCCGCGGGCGGCAGCGGCGGGCGCGCACCGCCUUCAGCGCGGCGCAGCUGGGCGGCCUGGAGGAGACCUUCCGCCGCCGGCGGUACCUGGGCGCCGCGGAGCGCGGGCGGCUGGCGGCCGCGCUGCACCUCUCCGAGACCCAGAUCAAAACCUGGUUUCAGAACCGGAGGAUGAAGCUGAAGAGGCAGGUCCAGGAGCCCCAGCGCCGCCCGCCGCUCUGCAGCUGCGCCCCGGGGCCGCCCCGGGGGCUCCUGCCGCUGCUGCCCGGCGCCGCGCGGCCCCUCGGCCUCCCCUUCCCGGCGUGCGAGGCACCGCAGGGCACCCACCGCCUCGCGGCCAGCGAGCUGCCCCGUGUCCACCGACACCUCCUGCCGCAUCCGUCUUUCCCCCCGGUCGCGCAGAACCGAAGGGACAAGCAGCACCGUCCCCUGUACGCGUCGUCGUGAAGGCAAGGGCCGGGCGGGGGAGGGAAAUGCUGCAACUUCUUUUGUGCCGCUGCUUCUUUUCUUCCUUUCUGCUCGGAAUCUGAUUCGCAAGUGUAUGUGUUUAUUAUAUUAAAUUAAAUAUGAAGAGUAAUUUUAUAUUUGUACGAAUUGAUAUUAAAAUUUAUCAGAUGUGAUCUGCUCUUAAGUCGUUUU